AUGCGCCAUACAUUGUUCCUUGCCCUCCUCUUCUCGAGCGGUCUAGUCACCGCAGUACCCACACACAAAUGCAAAACUAAACUCAAAGGACCUUCUCGCCCUACGCUGGACCAAGUGAAAGAAUCCUUCUACGAAGCGCACAUCGUCCCGGACCUCCUCCCGGAAUUCGACCCUACCUCGUUGCUGUACUUGACAUACAAGAGCGACUCGUUCAAGGAUAAAGAUUCAGGAAUCGUUUUGCCCGGAAAGAGAUUCGCCAAAGACGCUACAUCUUCCCCACCCGAAAUCUCGUUCGAAGGCCCUGGCUGGCCAGGCCCAUAUGUAUUCUUCCUCCUCGACCCAGACGCGCCAUCCCACUCGGAUCCUAAAUGGUCUCAAGUCCGACACAUGUUUGCCGGCAACUUGACCAUUGAUAGUGAUUCGGAGCGUGUGCCCGGCAGUGUGGUGCUCGGAAAUUCGACAGAGCCAGUGAACUAUUAUAUGCCUCCAGCCCCCCCUGGUUCUGGAUUUCACCGCUACGUCGGAUUGUUGUACGCCCAGCCACCCGAUUUCGACUAUUCGUUCCUUAAUACGAGCGAUCGAUUUGGGUUUAACAUCACCCAAUUCUCAAAGAAAUCUGGUUUGGGUACUCCCCUUGCUGGGACUUUCUUGACUGUCAAGGUCAAGGAAGACGACGACGCAUACUGGUUGCCAAUGCAUAUGAUCAAGGAUAUCUGGUCGUACUGGCGACAGAUUGCUUUCAAAAUUCUUUAA